CGGUGACGCGUUUGGUUUCCUGUCGACUUCUCGAACCGGACUAAGCACAGGUGGAGUGCCGUCUUAACAUUUUUAUAUAAACUUGACGGCCCAGUGAGACUCAUACAGUAUGUGGAAGUCAGUGGUGGGUCACAAUGUCAACGUGAAAGUGGCCUCAGGAGGGGAUGACUGGGAGACAGAUCCUGAUUUUGAGAAUGAUGUGUCAGAGCAGGAGCAACGGUGGGGCUCCAAGACCAUCGAAGGUUCUGGUCGACAGGAGCACUUAAGUGUGGCGGAGCUCAGACAGAAGGUGUCUCAGGAGCAUGAGACAGUGAAGAAGAAGGAGAUGGAAAAGGCCCCGCAGGCCUCGUAUGGAUAUGGAGGAAAGUUUGGGGUGGAAAAGGACCGCAUGGACAAGGGUGCUCUGGGACACAGCUAUGUGGCACAGGUGGAGCAGCAUUCCUCACAGACAGAUGCAUCUCGUGGCUUUGGGGGAAAGUUUGGGGUGCAGAAGGAGCGAGUGGACAAGUCAGCCAUGGGCUUCGAGUACAAGGGAGAGGUAGAACAGCACACUUCACAAAAAGACUACUCAAAGGGCUUUGGAGGGAAGUAUGGGGUUGAGAAGGAGAAGGUUGACAAGGCAGCCUUGGGCUAUGACUACAAGGGAGAGACUGACAAGCACCAGUCACAGAAAGACUACUCAAAGGGCUUUGGAGGGAAGUAUGGAGUUGAGAGGGAGAAAGUCGACAAGGCAGCCCUGGGCUAUGACUACAAGGGAGAGACAGAGAAGCACCAGUCACAGAAAGACUACUCAAAGGGCUUUGGAGGGAAGUAUGGGGUUGAGAAAGAGAAGGUUGACAAGGCAGCCCUGGGCUAUGACUACAAGGGAGAGACAGAGAAGCACCAGUCACAGAAGGACUAUGCUAAGGGCUUUGGUGGGCGGUACGGUGUGGAAACAGACCGCGUCGAUAAGGCCGCAGCUUCUUUCACAGACAUGGAGACCCCCUCUUCAUCCUAUGAGAAAACCCAGCCACUGGAGGCCUUGAGUGCAGGGGCCGGGAACCUGAGAGCACGCUUUGAGAACAUGGCGCAGUCCUCCAAUGAUGAGAACAGGAAGCGGGCAGAGGAGGAGAGGGCCAGGAGGCAGGCCAGAGAGAAGAGGGAGCAGGAGGAGGCCCGGCACAGGCAGCAGGAGCAGAGCAGCAGAGAGGAGGAUGAAGAGCAAAAGCCUCCUCCUGUUUCAGAGACCAGAAGGACCCCACAGGUGCCCAGGCCACUGCCUAAACCCUACAGAGAGGAGCCUGAGCCUGAGCCUGAGCCUGAGCCUGAACCUGAGCCUGAAGCUGAACCUGAACCUGAGCCUGAACCUGAGCCUGAACCUGAGCAAGAGCCACCAGUGGAGGAGGAACCAGAAUAUGAGGAGCCUCCUCCCCUGCCAGCGCGUACUGAAGACCUGCUGGAGGUGGACCUGUACCAGAACCUAGAUGACGUGCAACCUGAGGAACCAGAGACAAAUAUGUACAGCGAGGAGUCCCUUCCGCCAGUGGCUGACAGUGACCAUGACUAUGAGGAUCUGAGCAGUGGUUUGUGUGCCACAGCUAUUUAUGACUACCAAGCAGAGGGGGACGAUGAGCUCUCCUUCAUGCCGGACGACAUUGUUACGAACAUUGAGAUGGUGGAUGAGGGCUGGUGGCGUGGUCACUGCCAUGGUCGCUACGGCCUGUUCCCUGCCUCCUACGUGCAGCUGCAGUGAGCGUUUUGGGCCUCCCCUCCCAUUACCCCUCUUCAGUUUCUCAUCUCUCCCCCAGCUCCCUCUUCCUCAACUUGCCUGUUUCUAUGUGCGAUCGGCUUUUUAAAAAAAUCCAUCCUCCUCUUCUCACUCCAUCUCUCAGCUUCUCUGUGUUAGGGGUCCAUGCGGCUGCACCAAGGAGGGUUUUGUGUGCUGUGAUGCAGUGUUGUCGUUUUCCUGUGCAGGAUUGGACUCAUUGCUAGACCUUUUUUGAUAUAGAAAUGGGGCUCAUUCCAAUAGCUUAUUUUAUCCAUACUCAUCUCCCUGGUCCUUGGUAUUUUUGGGGGGAAUGUGUGACAUAAAUGUUCGACCUGUGGAUCCAUCUCCCCACAUCUACUACAUCUGUAAAUUAUGUGGCUUCAAACUCACACUUGACUGAGCAAGGACAUUCCAUUUACCUAAUUGCCUACAUGCUGCCUCAAUUCCUCCAUCCUUGUAUCUCAUUCUUUCCUUGCAACUUUGGUUGGGUGGAGCUAGGAAGCGAGGAAAAGAAGCGAGGAAGAGAUGCAAGGAGUGAAAAUACAUGCUUGCAACGAGCCCCUGGUUUAAUCGUUUGCUCAUGUUGUUCAAAAUUGACCAGUCAGUUCACUUGCAAGCUUUUUCACCAGAGAGUUUUAACUGUUCUAGGCAUGGCAACGAAACUAUCUAUCAGUGAUCAUAAAUAUUGAUUAUUACAUUUCCCUGUAAAAAGAAACAUAUUCUGGAUUGAAAUGUCCUUAAGGGGAGUUGUAACGUAGGCUACUGACAUUUUUCAGCAUUCCAUCAAUAAUAACAGUAGGACCCCGAUGACACAGAAAAUGAACAGUCUUUUACUUUUAUUUUUAUUGAGUUCUAAAAUAUUGGUACCUGUGCAAUUGCCGUAUUGGCCAUGAAUUUUAUCUGCAUGCUCUGCACUGUUGACCUAGGUCAUCCUUUAUCUCAUAUUUUUCAACUUGAUUAGCUAUUAUUAGUCUGCACUUCUCUUGUGUUCUCAUGGACUUUUUCACUUGUUGUUGGAAUUGAUGCAAUCACACACAUACUACACCAUAUAGGCUACUCCAUAUAGUCCAAAAAUGUAUAAUUGGGAUUCAGUGCCUGUUUUUCUUUGUAAAAUUAAAAUUUUGCACCAUUGAUAGUAAAGUCAGUAAAUCUUGAACUUUAGUGCUGGUGACCUGGAUUUGACUCCCGAGUUCAUCAGUGACUUGGCUUGAGUAGUAAUGGUGGUGACCUGAGACUUGACUUGGAUUCAAGGUUGUUAAGUCACUUGACUACAGUACUGCAGCCACGUGAGCUGGCCUCAGGGAAAUAUUGCUAAAGAAAGACAUUACAGAUUCAGUAGGGAGAGGCUGCCACACGCUCUUGUCUUUGCUGUUCCUGUUUGAAAGAGGAACUGUGUUCACUGCUUUACUGCAUUGCUUUGUUCUCACCUGCACUUCACUGAACAUUGAUUUUUUUUUUAUGUUUAAGUACUGUUGCUGUCAUGCUGCAAGACUUUGACUGCAAAACUUUUAUAAUUCAAGUUUGGAUAAGUAUUUCACUUGAUCAUUGAAGCUAAAUAUGUUCCGCAACUGCUUUAACAGAAUAUGCAUUUAAAGGUAAACAAUCAGACUGGUAACUUGCAUAAGUGGGGCUACAAUGGAUGAAAUCACCUAAUCAGUGUAAUAGCCAGCUCUAGCUCUUGCUGGACUAGUUGUUUGUACUUUUUAAUUUUGUUGACAAACCUGCCCAUACACAAAUUCUGUCAUUGUAUUUUUUGCACAUAUUUUUAUUUUCCAUUGUUAUUGUUAUUAUUGCUAUUGUUUUUUCCUUUUUAUUUCAAAUAAUCAGCUGCACAAGUUUCAUUUUAAGUAACAGUAUCAUUUUAAAUAACAAAUCAUAAAUUAAACACAAUUUCUGUAGUGCAUGACUAAAGAUCCAUGGUCUGAUC